GCAUUCACCGAACACCUUUAUCUGAGAACGUCGCUCAAGUGGUCGCUGUUUAACGAGAGUAGUCCAAGGUCCUCCUUUGCUUCUGUAACGAGUAGCUCGCCUUUCUUCUCAGGCUCAGCGUCCUGGUCAGGACUACUGCUGUAGAUUUGGGUAAUGGGGAGCGGGGAGUUGGGGCAGUUCCGAUCGUCUGACUAAACUACCGCGGAACUAAGGACAAAACCACAAUGCUGCAUCACCUGAUAUUUCUCACUGGCAUGUUGCUUGUAUGCCGAGAGAUACUUGCAAUUCCCAGGUGUUCAGUGGAAAGAAGCAUUGCAUACUAUGACAUGUGCAACCUCACUCAAGUUCCAUCUGUGCCUGAAGAUGUUGUAACAUUCUCCUUAAACUUCAAUUGCAUCACAGAAGUAAAUGUCAACUCUUUCCCAUUGUUGGAAAAAUUGCAGAACUUGUUCCUUGGAUCCCAGUCAGUUUCUCCUGUAACCAUAGGAAAAGAGGCUUUUAAAAACUUGCCAAACCUUCAGUUACUGGACUUAGGUGGCAAUUGGGAGAUUCAUCUGGACCCAGAUGCUUUUGUGGGCCUGUUGAACUUGAGUACACUUAGGCUGUAUUAUAAUAAAUUGACAGAGUCCAUUCUGGAAGGAUAUUACUUUCAAGAUUUGGUCUCUUUGGAAUAUCUGGAUCUUUCUCUCAAUGGCAUCACUCGACUUCAUCCUCACCCUUUAUUUUACAACAUGACAUCUUUGAAGAUUCUGGACUUUAAAUUAAACCAUAUUGAAACCAUAUGUGAAGGAGAUCUUGAUAGCUUUCAAGGAAAAGAUUUUACACUGUUAAAACUUGAUUCUAAUAGACUGUAUAGCCGAAAACCAGUAGACUGGCCAAUCUGUGGGAAUCCUUUCAAGAAUAUUAGCAUUGAAACAUUGGACAUCAGUAGCAAUGGCUGGGAUGUAGCUAUAACACAGCAAUUCUUGAAGGCUAUUCAGGGAGUGCCAGUUCAGUUUUUGAAGCUCUCUCAUCACACAAUGGGAGCUUCAUAUGGCUUUGGUAACCUCAAGGAUCCAGACAGUGAUACGUUUGCUAGUCUUGCUACAAGAGGCCUUCGCUUACUUGAUAUUUCGAAUGGCUUUAUUUUUUCACUUAAGUCCUAUGUGUUCCAGUAUCUUCCUGCUCUGGAGUGGCUUGAUCUUAACAAUAAUAAAGUAAACCAGAUUAAAAAAUCAGCAUUUUUUGGUCUCAGGAGCCUGAAAUAUCUAAACCUGUCUUAUAAUCUACUAGGUGAACUCCUGGAUAAUGUUUUUGAAGGACUUGAUAACAUAAUUUAUAUAGAUUUGAAAAAUAAUCAUAUUGGGGUGAUUUUUCAAGGCCCAUUCAAAGAUUUGCUAAAACUUCAGACACUGGAUCUCCGAGAUAAUGCCCUAAAACAAAUAGACUCACUCCCACCAAAUCUCUUGUACGCUCUGCUAAGCAGCAACCGGAUGGGGUCUGAAAUAAAUGCUAUAGAUGUUAUCUUCCUUGACUUGAGUGAAAAUAGAUUGGAAAAUCUGGGUUACCUCUACAAACUUCUCCAAUAUUCAGAUUUGCAGUAUGCAGUUUUAAGAUAUAAUCGGUUAUCUAAUUGCUUUAAAUAUAAUAAUACUAUACCUGAAAACAAUAAAUUAAUCUACUUGGAUCUGGGCAACAAUAUGUUAAGGCUUGUAUGGGAGAGCAAGUUAUGUUUGGAUGUCUUCAAAGCACUUUCCAAGCUUCAAGUCCUCCAUCUCAAUAAUAACUACCUUAGUUUCCUUCCAGAGGACAUCUUUAGUGGCCUAGUAUCACUGGAGAGACUUAACUUGUCAUCUAACCUGUUGACUUACAUUUCACAUGGCACCUUCCCUAAGACCUUGAGGAGUCUUGACUUAUCAUCAAACCAGCUGCUUUACCCUAAUCCUGACCUCUUUACCACUCUUGACUAUUUGAAUCUCACCUUUAACAGAUAUUACUGUGACUGCCCUUUAAGCAGUUUGAUUGUGUGGCUAAACCAAACCAAUGUCUCUAUAGCUGGAUCACAAAAUGAAAUGUUUUGUUUUGGACCCCCUGUUCUAGCUGGUGUUUCUCUUUAUGCACUUUCUGUAGAUGACUGUGAUGAAGACAAGAUGCUGGAGAAGCUACAGUUUGCGCUCUUUAUCUUUACCUGUGUUACUGUGACAGUGCUCUUGGGGGUGGGGGUGAUCUUUACGCGCUUUAGAGGGACUUGUUUUAUGUGGUAUAAGAUUGUGACAAGAGCAUUCUUAAAGAAUCCCCAGCCACAGUUGGAUGGAAAGGUACAUAGAUACGAUGCCUACUUAUGUUACUGCAGCACAGACUUUGAGUGGGUCCAAAAAUCUUUGAUACAGCACCUUGAUAUCCAGUACUCUGACAAAAACAGAUUUACUCUCUGUUUUGAACACAGAGAUUUCCUACCAGGGGAGGAUCAUAUAGACAACAUUCGUGAUGCCAUUUGGAAUAGUAAAAAGACUAUCUGUGUUGUGACAAAGCAGUUCCUCAAAGAUGGCUGGUGUGUAGAAGCCUUUAAUUUUGCUCAGAGUCAAUAUUUUUGUGAUCUGAAAGACGUCCUCAUUAUGGUGGUAGCGGGAUCACUUUCUCAGUAUCAGCUACUGAAAUACCAGCCAAUUAGAGUCUAUAUGCAAAGGGGUCACUACUUGAGGUGGCCUGCAGAUGACCAAGAUGUGGAGUGGUUUUUAAACACUCUCUCACAUCAAAUAUUAAAAGAGAAGACAGUUAAGAAAUCCAGGAUGCUAGAACUGCAAACUAUAACUGGUUUUUAAUUGGACAGUUGACUGGUUUAACUUUGUAUUCUUCUCCAAAGAAAAUGCCAGUUCUUCAGACACAUUGGGUUGGAUCCAGUGAUCUGUCAGCUGAUGCAAUUUUUUGCUAUUUCCCUCCUCCAAGUUCAUAUUAGCCAGCACUUUCUUACCAUGGAAAGAUGAUUCCUGGGGUUGUGGGAACCAUGUGCAUUAAUACUGUUAAAGCUGCACUUGUGGUAGGGGGGUAGUUUCUCUCCAUUCUCACUGCAACCGAUAUGAGCAAGGCAAAUCCUGCAUUGAAAUGGCUAUGUGCACACUUCUGUGAUCUUUAGUCCUUCUUUUUCACCACCAAGUGCAAAGCUACAUGUCCAGCUCUUGCUUGAUGAAAUUGGUUUCAGCCAUCCAGAAGUCUGUGUGCGAUAUAAGAGGAACCUUGUGAUUUGUUUAAUUAACAUGGCUACUGCCUUUUCAUGGGUCUGAUUAAUAUAAGCUCUUGUUUUAAAGAUGAAUAAUCAUUGGAUGUCUUAGUUGAAAAGCAAUUUCAUUACUUCUGUAGAUUUGUUACAAAUGGUAUAGGCUUUGUCUAGCCUAGAUUACAUUGGAAAGUUUAUCCCA